GUUUCCCGAGAGAGAGAGAUUUAAGGGAACACACGUUUUCUGUGUAGUCGCCUCCCAAAAACCCUCGUCUCCUCUCACAAUCUCUCUACUUUCUCGACACACCCCUUUUGAUUUCUUCUCGAAAUCUUCUUCAUUUUGAUCUCUCGAUCCAUCCUCAAAGGAUGAGCAACGACAAGGACAACUUCAGUGUCGCCGAUCUCACCGCCGCUCUCAAAGAUGAGGAUCGGGCAGGCCUCGUGAACGCUCUCAAGAGCAAGUUGGAGAAUCUGGCUGGGCAGCAUUCGGAUUUGCUUGAGAAUCUGCAUCCUAAAAUCAGAAGACGUGUCGAGGUCCUCAGGGAGAUACAGGGCCAACAUGAUGAACUGGAGGCCAAAUUCCGUGAGGAGAGAGCUGCCCUAGAAGCCAAGUAUCAGAAAUUAUAUCAGCCUUUGUAUUCUAAGCGUUAUGAGAUUGUGAAUGGAGUUAUUGAAGUUGAGGGGGCUCCAGAGGAUGUGAAGACAGAACAGGGGGAAGAAAAGACCGCAGAAGAGAAAGGAGUCCCAAAUUUCUGGUUGACUGCCCUGAAAAAUAGUGAUGUUAUUUCGGAGGAGAUCACGGAGCGUGAUGAAGGGGCUCUCAAAUAUCUCAAAGAUAUUAAGUGGUGCAGAGUCGAAGAACCAAAGGGAUUCAAACUUGAAUUUUUCUUUGACCCAAAUCCUUACUUCAAAAACACUGUUUUGACAAAGGCAUAUCACAUGAUUGAUGAAGAUGAACCUCUCCUCGAGAAGGCUACUGGGACAGAGAUUGAUUGGUAUCCCGGCAAGUGCUUGACUCAGAAGAUUCUUAAGAAGAAGCCUAAGAAAGGUGCAAAGAAUGCCAAGCCAAUCACCAAAACUGAAGAUUGUGAAAGCUUCUUCAACUUCUUCAAUCCUCCCCAAGUUCCUGAUGAAGAUGAAGACAUUGAUGAGGACAGAGCUGAAGAACUUCAAAAUCUGAUGGAACAGGAUUAUGACAUUGGAUCUACAAUCCGGGACAAGAUUAUCCCCCAUGCUGUCUCAUGGUUUACUGGCGAGGCUAUGCAGGGAGAGGAGUUUGAAAUAGAUGAUGACGAGGAUGAGGAUGAGGACGAUGAUAUUGAAGAGGACGAGGAUGAAGAAGAAGAUGAAGAUGAAGAUGAAGAUGAGGAAGAAGAAGAAACCAAGACCAAAAGAAAGCCAUCAGUUGGCCACAAGAAGGGAGGGAGACCUCAGCUGGGUGAUGGGCAGCAACAGGGCGAGAGACCUCCUGAAUGCAAGCAGCAGUAAGGUACCGAACUAAUGGUUUCCCCCCGAGUCAAAGCCGGGUUGGCAGUUUUGCUUUCGAUUGAAUCGGUCUCGCCAUAGAAUCCCUUGUUUGCUCUUAUAUGAUAUGUCAUCAUGUGUGCUGUCAUAGUUUUUGUGAUUUCACCCAGAGUUUCUUCCUUUGUGUUUGCUUCUUUUGAACUUUAUACAAUGAGAGUAAAGUCUGAUUGGUGUUUUAUCCAUCAUCCUCUUUCCAUUUGUUUCUGGGAUUCCUGCGAGUUUUUUACUUCA